AUGCCCAACAGUCAGGGGCAGGAGAAGCUGCAGUGCUGCAACAUCCAGAGGGACACAGGCUGCCCACCCUUGCUGCAGGGGGAAGAUUCACAGUAUCUCAUCCGGGCAACCAGUUCCUGCAUCAGAAGCUGUGAUCAGGCACUUUUCUUCUACCAUUUGAGGAGGCAAUUAGCUUCUCUCGACAAGACGCUUCAUGCCCAGUUUAAUCUGAGCACUGGGCUUAUGGGGAUCAGCCAGGAGGAGGAAGCUCAGCAAAUGCAAGCUUUCUCGGCCCGCCCCCCAACUUGGACACGUCUUUGCAAAAAGUACCGGGCAAACCCCGAAGAGGGGGCGAGGGGCCGAGCAGGGAGCGUGACUGCCGUCGCUGCCGCCAACCCAAUCAACCAUCCCCGAGAGAAUCGCCUGGAUUUUCCCAGAGGUCGGACUUGGGCUGCCAAGGGAGGCGUGCCGCCCUCGGGAAGGGAGGGGAGAGGAAGCAGGCGCGGAAUCCGGGAAUGGCGCUGCUGCUGGUGGUUCAGCGAGGUGCGCAUCGGAGAGCGAGGCUCGCGGAGAGCCGCGCUUAGGAGCGCCCGCCUCAGCCGCCGGGGCAGGAGCAUGCCGGACCCUCUGCUGGUGGCGCUGGGCUGGGUGGUGGCGGCAGCGGCUUUCGCCUCGACGUGGCCCGUCCAGGUGGCAGGAGAACCGGAAGUAGCAAAAGGCUGUGCAAACGAAUGCCGUCAUCACUUAACCAAACCGAUUGCCCUGAUCAGACUGCACAAUUACACGAAAAGGACAUGUGGGACGAAGACUUCGGUGAUACUGAUCACUAAGAAGAAUCUGAAAUUCUGUGCAAGACCAGAGGAAGUCUGGGUCCAGGAGGUUAUGAGGCAGCUGGAUGCACAGAACACUCCUACAGAAGCGACAGCUGGGUUUGGCAAACACUUGGGAGGUACUGUCCCCAUAUCAGCUCACCCUGGGGGUCCACCUGACACCACUGUCACAUUUACCACAGCUACUUACGCUCCCAAACCAACAGUGAUGGUGACCGGAACGACCCUUCAUCCCCAAACCCUUGCAAGUGGCACUAUGGUUUCCCAAACCUCUGUUGGACCAAAGAGAUAUGAAGGAAGUCUCGCAACUGUUGGGAAAGGCCUGGAAGAGUUCCCUGGUUCAACUCGUGAUUUGGUGGCAUCUCCAUCCAGCUCCCCCAUAAGCAAUUUUAUUACUGCAGAUUCCACGGCAAAAGGCACGAGGCCGACCACAGCACCUGCUGCUCCCCCAGCUUCCUCCAAACAACCGACUCCAGUUCUGAGCAGCUCCAGCACAGGUACCGGACGGCAGUCAACUGUGGGGCUCCCAACUGCUGAAGCAAACAUGCACACUUCUACCAAUUCAGCAGGUACUUUGUCAACGCCAGGCUUUCACCAGGAGAACACAACUGGGAAAAGCAGAGCACAGCCAACCACAAGCACUCCCGAGGUCCCGUUUGCCUUCUCUCCCGGUGCUUUGGCUGGACCCCGAAGUCACACCAUCUUCAUGGCUUCCGUGGGGACUUUUCUAUGUCUCACCAUUGUUGCUGUUGUGUGGGCAUCCGCUAGGCCCAGCAUUUGCACCAGAACACCACCUGGGGAAGUGGUCCAAGGCUUGCUCUUCACUUCCUCUGAGUCUCAAUCUGAUGCCUUGGCCAUGGAUAUUCUUUAACUUGCCUGUGAAUUGUGUCUAAAAAUGCUUCUUUCACUCCAGGGGUUUAACCAAGGUCAUUGAAUAAAAUAGGGGGAGCAGGUAAGCCCCAUCCUACAUAUUCAGUCACAAGAUGCAGUGCACACACAUCAGAUGAAUGGCAGU